AGCGGUAGAAAACAAUGUGCUGCAACCCUAGUCUUCUUCUUUCCAAACUUGUAAUUAAUUGAUUCAGAAGGGUUUAUUGCCUGUCCACUUUCACGACUCCGUAGCCUUCUCCAUUGUCUUAAACAGAUAAUAAUAGAAGCAUUUGAGGUUGUUCCAAGCUUUCAGCUUUCACGAUCGUCUUGCCGGGGAAGCUCUUUCUCCUUCAGGUUCUGCUUUGAACUGCGGAUAUUGUUUUCUGCGACUUGGUGGUGUCUCUUGUAAAAUUUGUUUCUUCAUAUGUGCUUUCUGUGGAUUCAUGGGUAUUUGAUCCUUUUUCUCUGAGGAUUGGAAAAUUUGCUUGAGAUUUAGUUGAAGAAGUACAACUCUCUGUAUCAGGGAUAUAUUUGUGAGAAGCAAUGCCCAUCAGAUUCAAACUGUUGCUUUUCUUUUUGUUCUGCACCGCAGUCAUCUCUGAAUGUGUUUUAGCAGAAGGAGAAACUGAAAUUUCACAAAGGAUAAGAGCUCCCCACAAAAAUGUAGGAAACAAUGUUAUAGAUGGUACAGCUCUGACGAUGCUUCUGGCUUCUUUGUUUCCUUGCUUUUUGGUCUUGGACCAUUACUUGGUGGCCUUUUUCUUGUUUCAUUUGCUCUUACGUCCCAUCUUCAUCACGCUAUUCUUAUGAGUGCAGCCUCUGGCAUUGCCUUUGUCCUUGGUGCCUGGCGGCCAUUACAGUUAGUUCUAUCUUCCAAGAUGGGGCUCAUCCCCCUUACGUUACUACUUGCUGUUGGAGCCAUAUUUGUCCAGGUUUCAAGCUCCAAUAUAUUGGCACUGGCAGGUCGGAGAAGGUCUUCAACCAAUGACCUGCCCUCAAUAACAGGUUUUCCAGUGAGUGUUAUCACUCUUCAGUCAGUCUUAGCCUGUGGAGCAGUUGCUUUACAUGCACUAGCUGAAGGGCUUGCUCUAGGAGUGGCUGCACCAAAAGCUUACGGAUUUGGUCAACACAUGGUCCUCCCGGUCUCCCUUCAUGGCCUCCCCCGUGGUGCAGCAGUGGCUAGCUGCAUCUUUGGAGCCACUGAAAAUUGGCAUGGAGCUCUUGCAGCAGCAGCUCUGAUUGGCUUUGUGGGCCCAGUAUCUGCAAUCGGAGCAAUACUUGCUGGAAUUGACUACAGCGGCCUAGACCAUUUGAUGGUUUUUGCCUGUGGAGGAUUACUCCCAUGCUUUAUCCGGAUUGUUAAAAGAGCAGUAAAGUUGGACACACAGAAAAGCAGUUGGGGGCUCACAUUAGGAGUUGGUUUUGCUACUCUAUGCUUAACAUGCACCAAGCUAGUUUGCUUGCACACACCUUACUGCAAUUCUGCUCCAGAGGCUGUCCGAUAAGAGAUACUGCAGGAGCUCCAGUGUGAUGUAAUUGCUGCUAUAAGUGUGUGGCAUCUGCUAUACCAGAUAGUUACCGAUUGAUUUGUAGAUAGACUCUGGGAAAAGAUAAAAAUUAUAAGGAAAGCUCUGAAGAGGAUUCAGAAUCCUACUCAACAGCUGAGAAGAUGAUGCUUUGUGCUGUACCCUAGGUUUGAAUUUUCUUUAAAAUCCUCUAGUGAUAAAGGGAGGAGAGAUAAGUUGGUAGCUUCCCUUGGGAAUCAUAUCAUACCAGAUAUUGACUUGUUAUCAUCUGAAAUGAUUCUUUUCUGUUUUAGGUGAACAUUGUUCUUCACACAGAUAAUCGAUACAUAAAUCCAAGGAAAACAU